UAAGCACACAUGCCUCAAUUUUGCAUUCAUUUCACUCUGUGUUGAUCAUGGCGAGUUGCGGGGAGUUUCUCGGAUACUUUCGUUGGAGUGGAUUAUAAAGUUUGAUCAUUUCUUAUUCAUUGGAAUAUGGUAACUUGUAAAUAAAUGACCUAUGUCGAAUUGAAUGAUCGCAAUUCCUUGGACCGGUUACCUCCCAGAAAAGUGGAAAUUCGUUGUCAAAGUUGAGUUGUAAACUUGUUCCGAAAAAGCGAUGGGGUCGAGCAGUAGAAGUUCGGGGCCCCGUAAGCUGGCCAGCGUGGUGUUGAGUUUAGUGAUCGGGUUCGCUCUGGCUACCUGGAUGCGGAUGGUAUGGGUUCCGGCGGGUAAGUCGUGCAACACUCAAAACUUUGAAAGAGACGACCCAUUUCUCUCGACGCCUGAACCAAAUCACCCAUCGAAAAACUUAUUAAUGGUUGGCGUUAUGACGGCUGCCAUUUUCUUAGAAACUCGAGCUGUUGCUGUAAACAGAACUUGGGCACAGACAAUCCCGGGGCAAGUUGCAUUUUUCUCGAGUGGGGCGUCCAACGUCCCACCUGAAUGGAAUCUUCCCGUUAUUAGUUUGCCUGGUGUGACAGACGCUUACCCACCUCAGAAAAAGUCAUUUAUGAUGUUGAAAUACAUGCACGACAAUUUCAUUGACAAAUAUGAAUGGUUUAUGAGAGCUGAUGAUGAUGUAUACAUCAAAGGCGAUCGCAUGGAAGCAUUCCUGCGAUCGCUGAACAGCAGCCACACUUAUUUCAUAGGGCAAGCAGGACGAGGAAAAGUAGAGGAAUUGGGGCUGUUGCAUUUGGAAUAUGAUGAUAAUUUUUGCAUGGGAGGAACUGGAAUGGUUUUCAGCCGGGCCACCCUUAGGAAAAUGAUACCUCACGUCAGCUACUGCCUCAAGAAUUUGUGGAGCACCCACGAAGAUGUCGAAGUUGGCCGGUGCAUCAAGAAGUUUGCGGGGAUCGAUUGUACUUGGUCGUACGAGGUAAGAUGACACCCCUUUUCAAGA